AUGGCCAUCGACAUGAAUGUCUAUGAGUUAUUGGUUAUUGGAGAUUCAGACCUUUUGAUUCAUCAGUAUGUGCAAAAUUUGUGUAAAAGGUUUCGCAAGAUCGAGUUCAGACAUACUCCCAGAAUACAGAAUGAAUUAGCUGAUGAUCUUGCCACUAUCUCUUCGAUUAUCAAACAUCCGGAUAAUGACUACAUCAACCCACUGGAUAUAGAGUUGAAGAAACAUCCAGUCCAUUGUUCACAUGUUGAAUCAGAACCAGACGGUCUGCCUUGGUAUUUUGAUAUAAAGAGGUACUUGGAGUCUAGGACAUAUCCACAAGACGCUACAUCUAAUCAGAAGAAGUCGAUACGUCGUCGGGCUGUUAAUUUCUUUCUAAAUGGAGAAGUCCCGUAUAUGAGGACUCUUGAUUUGGGUCUACUAAGAUGUGUAGACGCUGCUCAAGCUGUGAGGCUUAAGGAACAGAUACAUGCUGCAGUUCGCGGCACCCAAAUGAACGGGCAUACUUUGGCGAGAAAGAUUCUUUGA